CAAAGAUUUCUGCUGGCGCCGAGGAACAUAUUCGGCGCCGCACUGUUGGCCCCAUCAUUCUGGCCCCUGCAACUAGCUAGCAAACAGCCCCAUCCGCAAAACCCUCCGUCCUCAGCCUCCCAUGGCGCUCUCUCUCCGCACAGCCCGCGUCGCCGACCUUUUCAGUGCGCGCCGUGGGCCCGCGGGCGCGAGGAGAGCGGCAGCGGCGCCAUCAUGGUGCGCCACUCGCCGCCGCCCGAGGCUCGUCGUGAAUGCGGCACAGCGAGAGCAGCCGCAGCCAGGCCUGGUCAUGUCCCGGCGGCAGCUGGGCGUGCUCCUCGCCGCAUCGUCCGCGAGUGGGCUGCAAGCGGAGGGCGCGUGGGCGAGGUCCAGGUCAGAGGGGCGCAGAGAGGCGCUGGAGCGAGUGCGUGAUCAGGCGGAGGCCGAGCGAGAGGCGGAGAGGGAGGCGGAGCGAGAGGCAGCAGCACUAGCUGCUGAGGACAACGAGAUUGUGGAGGCGGAGGAGGGAACCCCAGAGAACAGUGAGGCGCAAGGAAAGGAGGAGGCAGAGGAAGAGGGAAAUGGAGAGGCAGAGGUAGAGUUAGGGGAAGAGGCAGAGGAAGAGGGAGAGGGAGAAGAAGUGAAAGAAAAAACGGACGAGGGGGAGGCAGAAGGAGAGAUUGAAGGAGAGACAGAGGUCGUGGAAGAGGUAGGAGAAGAUGCAGAGGCAGAAGCAGAGGCAGAGGCAAAGGCAGAAACAGAGUCAGAGGCAGAGACAGGGGCAGAGACAGAGGCAGAGAAAGAGGCAGAGGUAGAGGCAGAGACAGGGGCAGAGACAGAGGCAGAGAAAGAGGCAGAGGUAGAGGCAGAGACAGGGGCAGAGACAGAGGCAGAGAAAGAGGCAGAGGUAGAGGCCGAGGGGGAAGUAGACAGGGAGGGUGAAGUAGCUGAAGAUAAGGGGGAGUCAGAGGAGCAGAGUGAGCCAGUGGGUACAUCACAAGAGCCAGCAGCGAGCUAUGUGGAGCCUGUGGCCGCCCCUGUUGCGGCCAGUGUGGAAGUACCACUGGCGCCAGUGGUGGAAGCGAGUGUGGACAUGAGUGGGGAACCUGCAGCAGGUAGCGCUGAUGUAGAGAGCUUGGCAGACCUGUGGAGGGAGAUCAAGAAGUACGCUACCAACUAGUGGACGGCUCUUGAAGGACCUUGAGAUGAGAUCCUCAUAUCUUAGAACCUUUCUAUUCUAUACUAGGAGUGUAGCCAAGAUGUGCAGUUGUGCAAAAGACCUUACGGAGGUUUGCUUGCAUCCCCAGAUUCAUGC